GGCUCAACACGUAUGCGACGGAGGGAGAGAGAAUCGCGAGGGCAUUUGCUGCCGAUAGCAUCCCCCGUCGUUGCAGGGUAAUUUCCGAUACGGACGAAAUGCGUACCGAGCGCUGGAAAGAUUUUGCACGCUCGAGCCGAGAUCAAUUGAUGCUCUCGUCGGACCGGAGAAAAAAGCCAACGCUCCUUUAAUUCCGAAGGUGCAUCAUACGCUCUCUCGGCUGCAGCACACCCCCUCCCCCUCCCGCGCGCACAUACACACUCACAGGCGGCGGAGUAUAUAGAGCUCGCGUGACGGGCACUGCGAAAUGCACUGGCGGGCGCAAGGCCGCGGGGAGCAACAGAGCGAGCGCCGAUGCACGUGUGCGAGCGCGUACGUGAGCCACCCCCGUGCAUCGCGCGCGCACACACACAGGCAGAGCGCCGCAGAGCCGGGACGAGGGGGGCGACCACUCGCUAGUUUCCGUGUACGAGUACGUGUGUAUGCGAGCCAAAGGGGAGAGCGCGCGCGCGCGCGGAGAAGGAGAGGGAGGCCGAGGGUACGAGGGGGUAGCAGCGAGCGAGCGACGGUCGAGGGUGUGCGUGCGCCAACCGACGAGCAGCCGAGCCAGACAGACUCUGAGCGAGCGUCGCGACAGACGUUGAAGCGCUCUCCCUCGACCCGCGAGAGAGAGAGAGAGAGAGCGAGAGAGAGAGAGAGAGAGAGAGAGAGAGAGAGAGAGAGAGAGAGAGAGAGAGAGAGAGACGAGCGCCGAGUGCAGCGAGUAGGCCGCUGGCUGCAGCAAGCAGAAUCGGAGCGUGCGCGCGUGAGAGGAGCGGCGGCGACGGCGACGACGGCGACGGCGACGGCGACGGGACGAGUGUGCCAGUGCGUGGAUAUCCGUAUCGAGGCAGUGGGAUGAGGGGCGCCGCAGUGGAAUCGGGCCGAUGACACGGCUCCGCCGCCGCAUCGCCGGCGCCGAGUAGACGCCUCGCUCGCUCGCGCACACACUGCAUCCGUAAUCGCAGCCGCAGCAGCAGCAGCCCCGAGCCAGAGCAGCGGACCAGUCCAGCCAGCGUCGCCGUCGUCAGGAUGCCGCGCUGUCUCAUGGCCAAGAAGUGGAAGGCCUACCCCUGGCCCGACCGGGCCGAGGAGCAGCACCAGAUGGAAGUGGAGCAGCAGCCGCAGCCGCAGGUACUCGACGUCUUCCCCGAGGCGAAGCGCGCGCGCCAGCAGCAGCAGCAGCAGCAGCAGCAGCAGCAGCACGAGCAGCAACUGGCCGCCGCGCUGCAGACCGACGACGAGGAGAUCGAUGUCGUGGGCGACGUCGACAGCGGCAACAGCAGCGGCAGCGAGAAGAGCGAGGCCGCGCAGCAGACCUGCUGGGGCCCGCACAGUCCCACGGCCGGGGCCACGGCGCCCAGCCCUCCGCCCCUCAACGCCUCCGGAGCGCUCUACUACCACGGCUACACGCACGAGGCCUGGAUAAACCAUGAGGAGCCGCCGAAGUACGCCACCCUGCGCUCGGCCGCCGAGCUCGCCCGGCCGAUGGUCCCGUCGCCGACGCCCUCGCACCACCACCAGCACCAGAUCCACGAGCACCAGCAGGAGCCGCACCCCGAGAGCUCCGAGCACUCGCUGCCCCAGCAGCAGCAGCAUCAGGGGGCCGCCCUGCCGCCCCGCAAGAGCAUGGCCAUGUGCUUCACCAGCACGGGCACCGCCCUCUCGCUGCCCCCGAAGAAGAAGGACAUCUACCGGCCGUACAGCCUGCAGCCCUGCGAGAUCCGCACCUCGGCCGAGGAAGACCUCUCGGCCGCGCAAGCCAUCCUCGACCUGAGCGCCUCGCCGGCGGCGCCCACGCACUCCAUCUUUAUCCACACGCUCUCGCCGCCGCCGCCGCCCCAGCCACAGCCGCAGCCCAUCCCGGUCUCCGUUCUCGUGCCGGUGCCGCAGCAGCAGCAGCAGCAGCAGCAGCAGCAGCAGCAGCAGCAGCAGCAGCAGCAACAGCAGCAGCCCGUCGCCGUGAGCACGAGCCAGCCCGAGCCGCAGACGGCCCAGCCCCAGUCGCCGGCCACCGCCGAGGUCCCCGGUGGCCAGCAGUCCAACAAGACCGUGGCCUACACGUACGAGGCCUUCUUCGUGUCGGACGGCCGCUCCAAGCGGCGCUCGAGCAACGCCGCGGUCCCUGAGAAGGAGGCCGCCGGGCAGCCCGACCGGCCCAAGUUCACCUGCACCGAGUGCGGCAAGCAGUACGCGACCUCGUCGAACCUGUCGCGGCACAAGCAGACCCACCGGAGCCUCGACUCGCAGUCGGCCAAGAAGUGCAUCCACUGCGGCAAGGCCUACGUCAGCAUGCCCGCCCUGGCGAUGCACGUCCUCACCCACAAGCUGGCCCACAGCUGCGGCGUCUGCGGCAAGAUGUUCUCGCGGCCCUGGCUGCUGCAGGGCCACCUGCGCAGCCACACCGGCGAGAAGCCCUACGGCUGCGCCCACUGCGGCAAGGCCUUCGCCGACCGCUCGAACCUCCGCGCCCACAUGCAGACCCACUCGGCCGACAAGAACUACGAGUGCUCGCGCUGCCACAAGACCUUCGCCCUCAAGUCCUACCUGAACAAGCACCUCGAGUCGGCCUGCCUGCGCGACGACGAGCAGGGCUCGACGGGCGCGCCCGCGGUCGGUCAGCCGCCCCCGCACCAGCUGCCCAGCGCCAACAACAACCGGGGAUUGUAGCAGUCCCAAGCCGCGGAGGCGCCGGGGGACGACGCGCCCACCUGCGAGAGCCUCAGCUAGCGUAGUUUAUUGUAAGACCUGACCGGCUAACUCGUCGAUCUGAGAGGUAUUUAUGCGACCUCACUCACGCGGCCGAACGCCUGAUACAUGCCCGCGGCUCAGCCGGCUACACCCACACCCACACACCGCACACCGCGCACCACACCUCACACACAGACAUACCCACGCGCGAGGCGCGCGCGAGGAGGUUCCGCUGCAGUAGGUUAUAAGUAGAAAAGUGCCAGUACCAUGUAGAUGAGAUGAUUAUCUUUAACAUUGACUAAAGAAACGUCCAGUAAGUUUAAGUGUAUAAUGAAAAAGAAAGGGAAAAUAAAAACGUCGCGGGAGGAAUAAGAGAGCGAGAAGAAACGAGUCCACGCGGACGACGAUGCAGUCUAGUCACUCUAGUCGAGAUUACUAAAACGUACGUUAUUACAUAGUAUAUAUUUCCUAGGAUACGUAAAUGAAACGUCUCGCUCUCUCUUUCUCGAGACCUCGAGUCGAGAGCCAGGUCGUAUACACAAGCACACACAAUCACACACGACAGAUCGAUUCGUUUAUUUGUUCGAUUUCGUUAUCCACAAUAUGUACCGCACAGCGAAUCCGUAUUAUACUUGCAAGCUGACGAUUUGGGGAAAUACGCGGCGAAGACACGCCGGGAAAUCCCCGGAAAAAAGCGGGGCUGGACGAGCGCGGGGUACAAGCGGGUCGUUGAUCACAUAAUAUUAUCGACGCCGUCGCGAUUAGCGGUCCGUCGCGUCGAUAAGGCUCUGGCGCUAAGCACGACCGCGUCGAUCGUCGUGUAAUCAUCGUACGGGAUUUGUGGAUGAAGUGCCUUGAAAUUGUCUUGAGGCUUUUUUUUUACGUUAAUUAAAAUGUCGAGCGGUCGCGGCGAAGUACUGCGGCUGCGCGCACCUUUAUCAGCGAAAAUUCUUGGCUGCUCUGCUGAGAAAUCCCGCCGCCCUCGGCGCCGUUUUAAUCAAAGCAGCCGAGAUUCGCCUCUAGCCUACUUUCCGGCGCACCAUAUUUGAUUCUAAAGAUUUUUCGGGGCUCUAGCCCUCGCGCGCUUCGUGGGAUUCCCCGGUGUCCGUCGGCGCGCGUCGGCUUAUUAUGAAAAUUAUAAAUACAGCGGAUAAAGCAAGAGAGAGCGGAGACGUUGGUUUAAAAGGACAUGCAUUCACACUUACUUACGUAUGCACGUACAUUCAUAAACACUAACGCAAUAUGUAAGACUUAACCAAGUAAAAGCCCUAAACGCGUAUGCAAUAACGACUUAAGGUUUAAAACAAAUAAACAAAAAAAAAAAUUAGUGCAACACCAAGUAACUAAGCGCGCGGAGGACGAGGAAGAAGAUAUGCGACUAUUAUAUUAUUCUUCGGCUCUACGUACAGGGCACACGGUUGAAUAUGCCAAGCAUUGUAAAUCGUCGAUAUAAACCACUAAUACACCACGUAUUAUGGUAUAAACUUCUUUUGUUAAACUUUACUAGCGAGCAAUAUUAACUCGAGGCGCGACAUAAGCACGUACGGUCAAAGCAAUGUUUCGACACAACGAAUUAAACUUUAAUCUAGAGAAAAGCGAACAUCGAAAAGAUAUAACGACGACGCCCUUUCGAAGGAGAUUCAAAGAUAUUUCCCCUAUCAUACAUAGAUACGCAUAUACGAUUCCGCAAUAACCGAUAUUUCGACCGAGCGAUACAAAUCCGCGUGCGAGAGUUGACGAUUCCCGCGUAUACUUGAAACUUGCGAGCAUGCCGCCGUGUUAGAAUGUUAGUAUAUAUAAGUAUGUGGCGCUUCAUGCAGUGAUUAGGCUUAUCAAAAGAGUCGAGCGUUUGUUAUCGAAGAAAAAACUAGUCAAAACUUGGCUCUGAGCCGCUUCGGAGCCGUUAUGCCCGCGUACUUGCCGACUCCGAGGAUAUGAUUGAGAAUAAAUUGCGUUCGAUUUUUCGGAGAAGAAAAUAGGUGCUUUCAAGUCAAUAAAAUUAUCUUUUUUUUUUAGAUGAUAGUAUUAUACGGUCGCGAGCUGGGUCAAUUACGAGAGGACAUUUUAAAACACAAUUAUGUACCAAGUCAACGCGGAGCUAACGAAUCUAGUCAAUAUUGUAAACGGGAAAUUCGGAACAGCGGCGCCGAAGCGACUCGAGUCUCGAAAGAACGUCCGCGAAUUAUACAGAGAAUUAUGUAAAGUAUAGUGAGUCCCAGGCGCCGUGCAAUUAGUUGACUUACAUGCGCGAGCUCGGCGGAAGCGAGCGAGCAGCCAUCACACAUACCGAUCCUCUAGAGAUUUUUCGAUUGACGUUAACGUAGAAAUUUACUUACACGCUUAUAUUAUACAUUCGCGUGUAUGGGAGUGUCACUGCGCAACGAGAGAGCAAUCUUUUUUUAUAUGAAUAAACGAUAAUUUUACUACAUUACACACACACACACGUAUAUAUAUAUAUAUAUAUAUAUAAUAUAUGAAAGGAUUAUCGCGAGGCGUCAUUAGCAAAAAAAUGCGCGAGAUAAGACAUAUUAAGGCUGUAGAAAGAAAUAAGCAUGAUGUGUAUAGUAGGCGAUUUGACGCAAUAUAUUUUUGUUCUCGAGCGUUUAGAGUCUGCGUGUGUAUAAGUGAUUGAGCAUGAUGUGUAAUAUAUAGGUAUUUAGAAGCAAGAUCUGUAGGAGAUUUAAAAGAUAUACAAAAGAGAAAAAAAAACUAGUCGAAAAGUAUCCCAAAGAUCGAACAAACAUUAUGAAACAAAAAAAAACAUGCGAAAAGGGGCGAAACGUGCCGAGCGAUAUUAGAUUACUAUUACGCAUCUACUGUAGAGCAAUACAUUAAGCAAUGAUCUGUAUUGUGUCAUUGUGUUAUCUUUAGUUCAUAUAAGUAUAUAAGAAUCAGAGACUAUAAGACACGUUUCUACAUCAUGAAAGAAAAAUUUAAAAAAGCAAGACAUCUUCAUCCAGACGUCCGUAUUUUAGCAAGCACUAUUAUUAUACACCAAUUUAUUCGAAAGUGCGGUAACGUAUGAUUAUUACAAGCAACGAAAAGCAAAUGCAGAAUUUUGAUAUUUAAGCAAUUUUAGAACAUAAAGCCUUUAUUUGAAGUCACG